CUUUUAUUAUUUUUACUACGCUUUGGCGUCGGCUUCUCUUCGUUACAAGCUUUCACGAAAACUGCUUGCUUCGUGCUCAGGUCCUGUCUGGUUAUUCUCCCGUCCUUUACUGUACUCUACUGCCAUGUGUCCAUUUCAACAAUGUGGAGUUCAGCGUGCGGAUGAACGAAGCGUGUUGUCGUGAAACUUCGCUCAAGGACUAUUGCCAUAUUCAAACUCGCUCUUUUGCCAGGAAUCAGUGCUUAUAGCGUCACUUGGGAUCGGCGCACAAGAUUGGAUGUUUCUGCUCGGAUAACGUAACGACAGAGACAGCAGAAUGAUUGCAGGCGGUGUGAAAAUUGAUGGCUCAUGGGAGCUGCACAUCUACGUGACAGACCUGAAGAUUGAGCGCAAGCUCAGGGUCAAAGGCGACACCCACAUCGGGGGCGUCAUGCUCAACCUCGUAGAACUACUCAACGUACCAACGGAUUGGUCCGACCAUGCCCUAUGGUGGCCCGAGCGAAAUACUUGGCUCACGCGCACAAAGUCCACACUGGACCAAUGUGGGGUGACAGCCGAUGCCCUCCUCCACUUCACCCCGAUGCACAAGACGCUCCGGGUCCAGUUCCCAGACCUGAGGAUCCUGGAUGUACGCACAGACUUCUCGGUAAAGACUUUUGCGUCGGUUGUCAAGGUGUGCAAAGAGUUAGGCAUACGACAUCCGGAAGAAAUGUCAUUCUGCAGACCACUCGUCCACGAACACCUGAAACGGAACCACCGCGCCGUAGGAUGUAGUCCGCGGCAGAGGCCGAGGGAAGGGACGGACAGCAUCAACCUCAACAAGAGCAAGGCGGGCGAAAACGGGACGCUCGACGGAUCACUCCUGAACACCUCGUGGAACCACACAACCAGCUUCAACAACGGAUCCCUGCCCGGUCUGAACACGAGCUUCAUGAGCGACGGGAGCGGGUCUUCCCCGCACGAGCUGCCCCUGGCGCAGAGCCCCAACAAGCCGGCCAAUGAAAUUAGGGCAGCGCUGCUUCGCCCGAAAACCCUGGUUGAGAGAGCACGACUGAAUGCUGGAUGGCUGGACUCUUCACUGUCACUCAUGGAACAAGACGUCCGCGAGUUCGACAUGCUGCAGUUGCGCUUCAAGUUCUACUCGUUCUACGACCUGAACCCAAAGAAGGACGCUGUACGCAUCAACCAGAUCUACGAGCAGGCCAGGUGGUCCCUCCUGACGGAAGAGGUGGACUGCACCGAGGAAGAGAUGAUGCUCUUUGCUGGACUCCAGCUUCAAGUCAACUUGCAAGCCAAUUCGGGAAACUACGGCUACAUGAGAGACGAGGACGACGUCGACUCUGCGCUGACCGAACUCCAGGUGACCCUAGAGGGGACAGCGCUUACGGGAGAGUCGUCCAGUAUCACUCAGGUUCCCGAGCUCCAAAACUACCUGCGCUUCCUCAAGCCAAAGCGAUUCACACUGAAGGGCUUCAAGCGCAUGUUUGUUACGUUCAAGGAGACUCGCAUGUGCAUCUACAAGUCCAGGGAAGAUUAUCAGGGUGGUGGAAGCCCACAGUAUGUCAUCAGCCUCAAGGGUGCGGAAGUAACGCCAGACGUUCUGCUCGCACAAGCCAAGUAUGGGAUCCGUCUCGAAGUGCCCGGACCAGAAGGCAUGACGGAGUACUGGCUCCGAUGCGAGACGGAAGAUCAGUACGCCCAGUGGAUGGCUGGAUGCCGCCUGGCAGCAAAGGGCAAAACCAUGGCGGAUGCCUCUUACGAAGCUGAAGUCAAGUCCAUCCAGCAGUUCCUCCAGCUCCAGCGUCCAGCACCGGCACCAGCCAUAAGCCCGUCCCAGGUGGACAUCAAUACGGAGGAUUACAUUGCGCCGCGAUUUCUCAAGAAGCUGAAAGGCAGACCGGGCACUGUGCAGCGCAUCGUGGAGGCCCACGGCAACGUCAAAGAUUUGACGCUCGUCGAUGCCAAGCUCAGCUUCAUCAAGGCCUGGCAAGCCCUCCCGGAUUUUGGCGUCCACCUCUUUGUGGUGCGCUUCUCCGGAAGCAAGAAAGAUGAACUGCUGGGAGUGGCUUCCAACCGGCUGAUGCGGAUGGAGCUCUCCACCGGUGACCACAUCAAGACCUGGCGCUUCAACACCAUGAAGGCCUGGAACGUCAAUUGGGAAGUGAAGCAGAUGAUGGUGCAGUUUGAGGAGGAUGCCCACAUUGCCUUCUCAUGCCUGAGUGCGGAUUGCAAGACCGUGCACGAGUUCAUCGGGGGAUACAUCUUCCUCAGCAUGAGGUCGAAGGAUCAAAACCAGGCGCUAAACGAGGAACUCUUCCACAAGCUCACGGGCGGGUGGGAUUGAGUCGGAGGCCUUUCUUUCCUUUCCUCCACACUAUGAUGCUGUGGAAGAUUACUGCUACUGCCCAAAAUUUUAGCUAGCGCGUGUUAUUUUUUUUAUUUUUUAAAUUAGCGCACGCAGAUAAUGCAGCGGUAAAGAUUGCGUGUCUCGAGUUGAUCCUUUACUUUGACCUUCGUUUUGAGCCUCCUUUGCUCUGAUGAGUGCACGUUUGAGGAUCAAAACGAAGCCUCCGACGGGAUCGGCAGACCUGCCAUUAUCAUUUUUUAUCCAUAGGACGCUAUAUGUAAAUAGUAAUCUUAUGAGACUCCAUUUCAUACUUUUUUAAGCAUACCCAGAGUAUAUUUACGCAGCCUAUAAAUGUUUCGUAGCUGUAGUAGCAAUGGUCUUCUAGCAGUCUGCCUUCUGUGUAACUUCUCAGGGUUUCCCCAUGGAUUAAACGCGUCUAAGCUUACGUAUAAGCACGACUACGUGCCUGUACGAGCUACUGUUGCCAAAUUGCACUUCUAGUACGACUUUUUUUUAGUCUUUAACCUAUCUGACUCCCGUGACCACGACAAAGACUACUAUAUGUUUGAUUUCACUGCACUUUUAAAAUGGUGCGUGCCAAUAAACAGCGUAGAACUCUGACCAAGUACAUGUACAUAUGUAAACUCCUUGUUGGGCUGGCGCGUUUUCGUGCACGCUACUGUUUACACAAGCUUUCCAAGUGCUUCUGUGGCUGCUUGUUAAAGCUUUUGCCUUCAACUCCACAACUUUUGGGGACAAAGUAGUUUGUACAUGUUUCGAGUGUUUGUGCUUACGACAUUUUAACGCAUCUUUUCCAUUAUUCAGUAACAUUAGAAGUUGGAGCGUAUUUUUAAUGAUAUCACUUUCAUUACACGUUUAACCGGCGUUCUCCAUGCUAGCAGUGUGGUUGACUGAGCUGUCGUGCUUCCACGAAGAAUUGCAGAAUGUUGGUUGUUCUCCAGUGUUUUCUCCUGUUUUCAAAGUGCCUUUUCAGAGAAUAUCUAUAAUGCUGUUAAUUGGAAUGACUUUACAUAUGCUGCUGAUUUUAUUUAAGAAUAAAGAGAUUUCGAGUGAUCA